GCGUCCGCAGGUGUCGGGCGCCGGGCGCUCCCCGAGUCCCCGCGCCGGCAUCCCGCCGGGGCCUGGCGGUGUUGGCGGCGCCCCGGGGGUCUCCCCGCAGAUCCGCAGCCACCACCGCCCUCCCCGCACCGCUGCAUGUGCCGCUGGUCGCCUGGGGCUGCCUCCGAACCCCUCUCCCCCCUUGUAUUGUUUUUACUUUCCCUGCGCUCCCCGUGAGCCCGGGCGGACCCAGCCCGGCCCUGGUGGUCUCAGGCGCAAAUGAGACUUGGGGUCUGGCAGGAGAGACCAGGAGGGGGAGUGGGCCGGCUCUGAGGGCAGGAGGAGUGGCCAGGUGGGGACCAGAAGAGGCUGUUCCAGCUGAAGCCAAAGGCUUGUCAGAGCACGGGCUGAGCCAGAGCGGCAGGACCGGCAGUGGUGGGCCCUGGGACCCGGCUGGGGUCUGGUUAGCUGCAGGGGGCGGCCUUGCUCCGGGCACUGGGAGCCCAGAAGGUUUGCGGGCAGGACCCUGAGGCCAGGCCGAGCCCCCCCCCCCCGGGGCUGGGCAGUGACCCCACCUGGCCAACCAGGAGGCCCACGCAGGCGGGAUAGGGCAGUGACAGGAACCAGUGCGGUGGACGCUGUGAGAGGCUGAGGCCUUAAGCUGACAGACGUGGGGGUGCCAGGAGGACCUCCCCACAGGUGACCUGGGGUGAGGCGGCCUGGGAGGCACUGGGAGCAGGGAGGCAGAAGAGUGGCCUCCCUAAGGAGCAGAGCUGGGCAGGGAGAGAUGGGCGGUGGUCCACCCAGAUCUGGCGGGUCCGGGGAGGCCCCCCGCGGGCCUUCGGGCCAGGCUUGAGGGCCAGAGGUGCCCGUCUGUGGCAGAGGGGGCGGGGGUCCCUGUGCAGCCCUCGAGGAGGGCUGUCCCCUGAGGGACACCGGCAGACAUUCUCGAACUCUGCAUUGGCUCUUAUACAAAGGGCUCGAUUUUUAGGGCUCCCUAUGACCUGGGAACCCGCCAGACCUGCGGCGGCCAUGUGCAGGCCACCUGAUCAGACACUGGGGGCCUCUGCAGUUUCUGUCUUCAGACAUGAGUGAGCGGACACUCAGACACUCCUGGGACAGGACAUGCUCCCAGGGCCGGGGGUAGCGCGGUGCAGAGGCAGGUGUGACCCACAGUGUCUCUCAGGGCACAUAGGGGUGUCGGGUUUCUGAGACACCUGGAACUAAGUCACUCAACUGUCAGAAUCUGGAGGUUGACCGUCCAAAACCAUGGGGUGGGCGGGGCCUCUCUCCCAGAGCUGGGAUAGGGUCCCUCCGGCUGCUGCAGCUUCUGGGGCCGCCUCACCCCGGCUCUGCUUGCCCGUCCACAUGGGCACCCUCUCCCUGGACACGUGCUCCAAAUUCCCUCUUCUUACUAGGCCACCAGUCAUUGGCUUGGAGCUCCUACUCCCGUGGGACCUUCUCUCUCUUUUUUUUAAGAUGUAUUUAAUUGAGAGAGGGUGAGCGCGUCCCCAGCAGCCUCCCUGCGGAGUGCGGCCAGGACACCUCACAGCCGAGCAGCCCCCCCACCGCCGCCAGUGUGUGCCCAGGGUGACCUUUGCAGGACCACAUUUCCCAACAAGGUCAUAGUUACAGGUACCAGGGGUCAGGACUUCAACGUCCUUUGCGGAGAACACAAUUCUGCCCUCUAUGGAUGGGCACGGUGAGGCAGGCUCAGGACUGGCAUCCUCAGGCCCCCGGGCACAGGCCUCCGUUCCCGUGCUGUCCUCAGUCCGGCUAACCCCACAUGGACCCUCAGCACCUCUCCAUGCCCGGUCAGGCCUGGGCCACCAGGGUCUCCCGAGCUCACCCUUUCAUCCCUGGUCCUGGUAGCUCCCUGGGCCUUCUUGUGCAGGCCUGCCCCCCACGGCGCCCCCGUACUGAUCUGUGCUUGCACGUGGACAUGUCUGUGCCCGCUUGGCCCCCUGAGCAUGGACAAGGCAGGCUUUCUGAGCAGUGGCGGGCAGGCCGGCCGCUGCUGCCUGGCAUCCCGGGCCGUGCUCCGUGUCCGUCGAACACACCUGCCUCGGCACCCUUGUCCUCGCUCAUAGAACACAGGAGGGCUGCCCCACUCCCCUCAGGGUUUGGGGGGGGCUAUGGCUGCUGCCCUUAUGUACCUAGAUUAGGGUUCAAGGCAGGACAGGACACAGGACGCUGAGUGGGCGUAUGCAGCGAGCUGUCUCUCGGUGCUUCAGACAGAACGCAUCCCCGGUCCCUUCCCCGGACCCGAGGACAGGAGGGGUACGGGGGAGCCAUGCGUCCACAGGCUGCACUGGGGAGUGCCUCCCGACAUGCUGACGCAAGGGGACAGCUCCGGUGAGGGCGCGAGAAGGAAGUGAGGUCAGAAGUGCUGACCCUCAGAGGGCACCGGAGACAUCUCCAUCCAACACCUCCGGCCCCCGCAGUGCUGCGUCCGCCUCCAUCGCUGACGCCCCAGCCCCGGGGCACAGGCCCGCAUGCCCUGCCACUGCCGGAAGGAUCCACACCCCAGCGGCUAGGAGCUGGCUUGGCGCAAGGGGCUGUGACUCACCCCACCCCCACCCUUACUCAGGUCCUCGCCGCAAGCGGACCCCUGCAGCAGGGCGACACCCACUCUCUGCAGCCGGAUUUGCUCAUCAGGGUCGUGAUGGUAAACGCGUACUGGCUACAGAGUUGGGGUGAGCAGCUGACAAGGCAGCACUGGGCCCCUAGCCUAAGCCUCCCCCGUCCGGAGGGCAGAGGAUGCAGGAAGACUCCUGUGUUUCCCGGCCAGGGUUGCCACGAGCAGGCCCCUCACUGUGCCAACCCACCCAGCAGUGGACCGAGAGGCCGCCCCGAAGAGUCGUCGGGUUCCGCAGAUGUCCUCCGGCCCCGCACAGGGAACGGCCAGCUGCUUUUUCUUAAAGGAGCCAGAUAGCUGGGCCCCACGUGUCCUGGGUGCCUGUCUAGCCUGGGGGCAUGUAGUGUCCCCAGAGUGCGCGCCCUGUCCGCAGAGGGGAGAGGGUAGGUGCUCCGCCCAUGGGGCCUGGCGCACGUGGUCUUCAGGGCCUGUGCCGAGUUCUCGGAGGGCCCGGGGAGCCGGAGAGGCCGCCUGCUCUCUGGGGAGGGGUUGCUGCACGUCUCGGGGGCCAAGUCCCCCGACCCUCACCUGCAGGCUCUGAGGGUCUCACCCUCCCUCCUGCGUGGGGGUCCCACCCCCGCAGGGCCCCCAGCACCGCGGGAGAACGUCUGUUCAGGGGGCAGGACAGGGUCUCGGCAGAGGAGGCCGCUGGCCCGGGGCCGGCCACCCCAGGUUAGCUCCCGCCUGGUGCACUGAGUGACCACAAACUCAGGGGCUCAAAAUAACACAUGACCCUAGGGUUCUGCGGCUCAGAAGCCUGGUGGGCAUUACAGGCGAGCGCGUGGGGCUCGGUAGGGCCCAGCUGCUUCUGGAGGCGCCCGGAGGCCCUGUUGUUCGCCUUUUCCGGUUUCUAAAGACCCCGCGCUCCCGGGCUUGUGGGCGGACCUCCUCCUUCCGGCCCAGCCCAGUGGCCUCUGCUUUCUCCCCCACAUCCUUGACUCCAACCCUCUCGCCCCCCACCCUCUAAGGACCCCCGAGGUCACACUGGGGCCACCCAAUAACCCAGGAUCAUCCCCCUCCCCAGCCUCACCUAAUCCCCCUUGCAGAGUCUGCGUAAGGUUCUGUGUAUUAGCACGUGGCCGCUUGGGUAGCCCUGUGUGGACGUCUGUUAGGCCCCCGGGGUUUGAAAAGGGUCUGCACCUCCCCAGGGGGCCAGGGGGCGGGCAUGAGCCCAGUCUGGGGCUAGGAUCCCACCAGCCCAAGCCUGUAGGAGGGCCGCCGACCCCUGGCCUCUGCGUUGAGAGGGGCUCCAGCUGGCCUGGCAGCAGUGUGGCCAGGCCUUUGGGGCCGUGAACAUGGGGGCCGGUGCUGCAGAGGGACAGCUCCAAGCCUGCCUAGUGUUACCCUUUGGAGAAGUGUCCAAAGCCCAGCACAGCCCUGACACAUUCUCUGGCUCUUGCUUUGUGCCAUCACCAUCUGGAAAGGAAAGGAAAGUUCAGUGACGGGCUUUUUUCCUGCAACUUGGAAGGUUUCCACUGUUCCUGGUGGUGACCCUGCCGUCCUGGUGAGGGCUUCCUGUUCGAGUCCAGGUCACCACCUGGGCCCACCCAGCGCCCAGGAUGCCCGGGUCUGCCCUUCUCCAGGACAGUGGGUCUGGGAGAGAUACCCCAUGCCCUCAAGGGCAGGCGGGACCCACUUUUGCGCCACCGUAACUGCCUCUGGCCAGGUCGGGCCUGACCAGGCCUUCCACCCUCCUGAAGACGGAGCCCCCUGGCAGAGCAGCCCCAGGGCGGGUAGGUGUGCGGAGUGGCCUGGCCCGGCCGCCUCCCCUGUGGGACUGGGUGUCCCCCCACAUGAAUGCAGACUGUACACAUAGAGAGAGGGACUCCAGGCUUGCAGCGCAGGUCAGUCCCUGGGGGGCUGUACCCCCACCCUGUGCCCUGGCCAGCCACUGUAUGUGUGGGGGUCUCCAGGGUGAGACCCCACACCCAGCCACCAGUCGGUCAUACAGGGGACCGUGCAUCUCCUGGGACCCGGGCGUUUCUGCUGGGGGAACAGCCGUCCCUGGUGUGUCUGGCGCGUUCCCCCGCCCCCUCCCCAGCGCCCCAGCGCCCCAGCGCCCCAGCCCGAGUGUCCUCUCUGCCCUCAGAGGAGCCCAUUUACUGCUACACGCCGCACAACUUCACUCGCGACCAGGCGCUGUAUGCUCGCGGCUACUGCUGGACGGAGCUGCGGGACGCACUGCCCGGCGUGGACGCCAGCCUGUGGCCGUCGCUGUUUGAGCACAAGCUGCUGCCCUACUCGCUGCUGGCCUUCGCGGCCAUCAUGUAUGUGCCGGCCCUGGGCUGGGAGUUCCUGGCCUCCACCCGCCUCACCUCCGAGCUCAACUUCCUGCUGCAGGAGAUCGACAACUGCUACCACCGCGCGGCCGAGGGCCGCGCCCCCAAGAUCGAAAAGCAGAUCCAGUCCAAGGGGCCCGGCAUCACGGAGCGCGAGCGGCGCGAGAUCAUCGAGAACGCGGAGAAGGAGAAGAGCCCCGAGCAGAACCUGUUCGAGAAGUACCUGGAGCGCCGCGGCCGCAGCAACUUCCUGGCCAAGCUGUACCUGGCGCGGCACCUGCUCAUCCUGCUGCUCAGCGUGGCGCCCAUCUCCUACCUGUGCACCUACUACGCCACCCAGAAGCAGAACGAGUUCACGUGCGCCCUGGGCGCGGCCCCCGACGGGCCGGCCGGCGCGGGCCCCGCGGUGCGCGUCAGCUGCAAGCUGCCGUCGGUGCAGCUGCAGCGCAUCGUGGCCGGCGUGGACAUCGUGCUGCUGUGCGCCAUGAACCUCAUCAUCCUCGUCAACCUCAUCCACCUGUUCAUCUUCCGCAAGAGCAACUUCAUCUUCGACAAGCUGCACAAGGUGGGCAUCAAGACGCGCCGGCAGUGGCGCCGCUCCCAGUUCUGCGACAUCAACAUCCUGGCCAUGUUCUGCAACGAGAACCGUGACCACAUCAAGUCGCUCAACCGCCUGGACUUCAUCACCAACGAGAGCGACCUCAUGUACGACAACGUGGUGCGGCAGCUGCUGGCCGCGCUGGCCCAGUCCAACCACGACGCCACGCCCACCGUGCGCGACGCGGGGGUGCAGACGGCCGACCCCAGCGCCAACCCCGCCGAGCCCGACGGCGCCGCCGAGCCGCCCGUCGUCAAGCGGCCGCGCAGGAAGAUGAAGUGGAUCCCCACGGGCAACCCGCUGCCGCAGCCCUUCAAGGAGCCGCUGGCCAUCAUGCGCGUGGACAACAGCAAGGCCGACAAGCCCAAGCCCGUGCGCCGCAAGACGGCCACGGACACGCUGAUCGCGCCGCUGCUGGACGCGGGCGCGCGCGCCGCGCACCACUACAAGGGCGGCGGGGCCGACGCGGGGCCGGCGCCCGACAAGAAGCACGCGCGCCACUUCUCCCUGGACGUGCACCCCUACAUCCUGGGCACCAAGAAGGCCAAGCCCGAGGCCGUGCCCGCCGCCGCCCUGCCCGCCUCCCGGAGCCAGGAAGGGGGUUUCCUGUCCCAGGCGGAGGAGUGCGCGCUGGGCUUGGCCGCAGCACCCACCAAAGACACUCCGCUCCCUGAGAAGGAGAUCCUGUACCCAGCAGAGCCCGCCCGGGCGGCGCUUCCUUCCGGGGGCCCAUUUCACGUCUGCUCGCCCCCAGCGGCCCCCACCACGGCCCCUCUGUCGCCAGCCAGUCUGGGCAAAGCCGACCCCCUCGCCAUCCUGAGCCGCAACGCCACGCACCCGCUGCUGCACAUCGGCACGCUGUACGAAGCCCGGGAGGAGGAGGACGGGGGUCCCCGCGCGGCCCCGGACGUGGGCAGUCUCAUUGCCAUCCCCCCCCCGCAGCAGAUCCUCAUCGCCACGUUCGACGAGCCGAGGACGGUAGUGAGUACCGUGGAGUUCUGAGCAACGGCGCUGCCCGGGCCACCGCCGUCCCCUCCGCGUGCCCAGGGAGCGCCGCUGACCCCAGCCCAACGUGGACGGGGCCUCUGCUUCGCCCAGCACCGCCCGCCCCUCCUGGCCUCCUGUCCGCAUGCCACGGGGCCGACACCUUGCCCACCCGGCCCCCAAGACAGCAUCGCUGGCCUGCUGGCUGGGCCGGGGGCUGGCCUUGAGCCCGGCGGAGCCCCCCUCCCCCGCCAGCCAGAAAGGCCUGGAGCCGCGCCCCCACCCCCAAUCAGGCACUCGGCUGCAAGGUGAAGAGUUUAUUUUUUUAGUUGAUUCUGUGCUGGGCCCGGGCGGAAGCAGGACCGCUCCGGGCCUGAGUCUGGAAGGAAGCUGGGGGUGAUCCCACCCCCGGGCCUGGCUGUGCACAGGGCCGUGCUCAGGACCCGCUCCUGCACUGGGAGGUGCUGGGGCCCCCUCCGUCAGACCGACAUGCACUUUCUCCCUGUCUCCCGACCUGCCUGUCCUCUGCUUUACUAGGACCACUGUAACUACCGAGGGGGGCGCUGCCGGGCACAGGGCGGUGUGUGCGUGCGCGCGUGACCACGAGGACGAGGACGCCAGUGUGCAUGGAUGUGUGUGUGAGUGGGCGUGAGCGUGGACGCACGGGGGUGUGAUCGGGCACGGGGCUGAGACUGUGUGGACGCCCGCGUGCAAGGCAAGGAAUCCAACGCAAUAACCAUGUCCCCCACCCAGGCCACCAGCCCCCCACCCGAGGCCCCACAUGGCUUCCCGUGGGCACCCAGGGCUGGCGCAGAGGGUCUGUCCCUAUUACCUCAGCCACGGUGACAACGUGACAGUAUUAACAAGGUAGCACCGAGCAGAUCAAUAAAUAUUAUUCUGAUAC